AUGGUUCACGCUUUAUCUCUAUUAUAAUAAUCGAGGUAGGUACAUAAUAUUUAAUUGAGUAAAGUAUUAUGAACAAACAUUAGGUAAAUGAGAGAAGAAAGAGAGAGCUUAAAGUUUAAUGGAAUGGCACUUUCCUUGACUUGCAACGACGUGAACCGCACAACCCUUCUAUUACAAAAGUUGGCUAACAAACAAUCCCAUCUCCAUUACCCAUUACUUCACCCACACUCUUCACCCAAAUCAUUCCAAAAUGAAAGUGGAAGCUGCUCUAGUUUCCUUCAAAUCCAAGCUUUCAAAACCAUGCAAGAAACUCCUCCAUGUCUUCAAAUUCCGGGUCAGGAAGCCCUUGUCGAUAAGAUCGCUUUGGCCUCGUCCUCGUGCCUCCAAGCCCCGAAAGCGUUGGUCGUGGCUCUGGUGGCUACGACGAGGAGUAGGGAAGAUGGAGCGAGUGAGAGAGUUGAGGGGCGGAAGAUGUUUGGAUGGAUCUCGAGAGAAGCUUCUGUUCCCGUCCCCGUUGAGGGGGAGGAAGGUCGGGGAGACGACGAAGGGUUCGAGCUCGGCCGAGGAGGUGGAAGAUGCUUGUAGGAGCUUUGAGAAUUAUCUUGUGGAGAUGAUCAUUGAAGAAGGGAAAGUGAGGGACUUGAUGGAUGUUGAAGAGCUUUUGUACUGUUGGAGGAAUUUGAAGUGUCCUGUUUUUGUUGAUUUGGUUUGUAGAUUCUAUGGAGAGCUUUGCAAGGAUUUGUUUUCUCCCGACGAUCAAGCUUACCCAAUUAAACCAUAAAUUUUGUGUUUUUGUUCGUAAAUUUGAUUCAUUCAUAUUCGAAGUUAGAUCGAGAAAUAACGAUGUAACAGUGGUAAUAAUGAUUUCGUGGUGUUUUUACUUCUAUGGCUUGUCGAUAUCCUCGAAUUGAUCGUUGGUUGAAGUC